UGGAGGCCGUUUUAUCAACAUAUCUUAUCUUAGCGGAUCUUAUCUUAAAUCCCUCACUUACGAUUUCAUUUACGAUCCGCUAAUACCCGUUUUAUGAACGUUGUCGUAAGUAUCGAGUCGCAGCUAAGAUUUUAGCUAAGCGUACGAUCUGAAAUAACGCGAACCAGUCAAAAACGUCAUCACUCGAUUUCCCGCGUUAUGUCAAAGUCGUCUGUUGUCAUAACAAGCAAGAUGGCCGACAAAAUGAACAAGGGGAAACGAAAGCCCAAUUGGUCGGAGACGGAGAUCGCCUGUUUAGUGCAGGCAUGCACGGACAAUAACUCGUUAUUGGUCAGUAAAAUGACUAUUGAAGUGACGAACAAGAAAAAAGAAGAGUUCUGGGCGGACACCUGUGAGAAAGUGAACAGCGUUGGCUUGAGCAGCCGCGAAGUUGACGAAAUAAUAAAGAAGUGGACGGACCUUAAGAGUCAAGCGAAAAAAAAAGAAAAGAACAGGCGGCGGGAAGCGAGUCUAACAGGAGGCGGCAAAACCAGCAUCUGUCUCACAGACUGGGAGCAGAAGAUAGUAGCCAUUCUACCAGAAGAAACACUGGUGGGAAUCGACGGUGGAUUAGACACGUUUCAGUCCAGUUCAUGCUCUAAACAACAAGCAUGUGUUGACGAGGAAACCUCAAGCAUUUCAAUUGGCCACGAGUUGGAAGAUGCGCCAAACAGCCCGUGUGAGGCCAAAUCUGAACAGCCUUGUAAGAGAAGAAAGAUAACAUUGUCUGAUGUGCAGCUAGCACAAUACACGUUCUUCAUUGAACAAACAGAAACAACCCGGUUAAAAAGAAAAUUGAUGGAACAACAAAUUCAGACACAAAAGGCUGCGGAGCAGUACUUCAUUGAAAGCAAAAAAAACCUUGCCCAAAAUGUAUUGGAGAAUUUUUUAGAACAAUAGUGUUCCACUUCCUUUGUCCUUGGAGGCGAAGAAAAAUGUACUGUUAUGUUUAUUAGCUAAGUAUUAAAGGAAUAGACUUUAUUUCCACUUUGUGAUAAUAUGAAGGAAACAUGAAAACAUCACAAGCAUUGGAAACACUAUGUCCCCAUAUAUUUGACAUUUGACCUUGAAGGAUGACCUUGACCUAUCACCACUCAAAAUGUGCAGCUCCAUGAGAUACACAUGCAUGCAAAAUAUGAAGUUGCUAUCUUCAAUAUUGCAAAAGUUAUGGCAAAUGUUAAAGUUUGACGCAAACAAACACACAUACCAACAGACAGGGCAAAACUAAUAUGCCCCCACUAUAGUGGUGGGGGACAUAAAAAU